AACCCUCGGUCACGUGAUACACGGUGUACUCCAUUCAGUUUUACCUGUGCACAGCAGACGAGAGUGGUGUCUCUGGUCGACUCCAUUGAAAAGCUGGACAAUAGUAUUGAGAGCAGCUAGAUAAUUCGUGAAAAUAUAGUCAGUAACAAUUGGUUGAUAUUAUAAUACCUAUAUAUAUGUUUUGUUAUGGUUGGUUGAAUAGUAUAUAUAUAUAUAUAUAUACAACGCACAUACAGGUAACAAGACAAACAGGUAGCAGGUACUUGGAGUGAUAUAUAUAAUAUACCGAUUCUGUGAGUUACCUGUUUUAGAAAACUUAGUGUUUAAUUCAAAAUUCCAAAUGAAGUAAAUUAUACAAUUUGUGAGGUAUACAAUGACCAUAUAAAGACGUAUUGUGACGUAGAGGUUAUUGUUGAGAAAUACCUGUGUUUUAACUUCUAAUGGAAUAACUAUAUAUUUACUAUAACAACUCAGUGAUUAUGGAUCUACACGUAUUUUGUGUUUUAUUCUAUAUAAUAUGUACAUAUUGUACUAUAUACACAUCAGCCCAGACAGCUAUCAGGCUCCGUCUACGAGAUGGCAUGCAGCCCGGGAACGGUGAUUAUCGAUCGGGUCGGUUAGAAGUGUCAUUAGAUGGUACAGAAUGGGGCACAGUCUGUGAUGAUUUAUUUAGUAAGAAUGCCGCUUCAGUAGUAUGUCAACAUUUUGGAUACGCACAAGGCGAGGUUGUGGCCAAAUCCUAUUUUGGAACAGUAACAGGUAACAACAACAUAUUCCUUGAUAAUGUGGAGUGUAAUGGCAGUGAGGCGAGGAUUGACGAUUGUAAGAAAAAUGUCUGGAAACAGAAUGACUGUGAUCACACAGAAGAUGUCGGUGUUUUCUGCUUUAAUGAUUUAUCUAAAGUAUUUCAGAUGCAGCUUGUUAACCGUAAAACAAAUAAUGGUGGAAUAUCUGGACGAUUGGAAGUGAAGAUGGGUAAUAUGUCGUGGGGGAGUGUCUGUGAUGAUCUUUUUAACGAUAAUACAGCAGCCGUUGCCUGUAAAUAUUUCAACUAUAAAUACGGCCAGCGGAUAACACAACAGUAUGAUGAUGGUGUAAGAACGUAUCUAGAUGAAGUAUUAUGUACAGGAACAGAAGAUAAUAUAUUACAAUGUAAACAUAAUAGUUGGCGAGAACAUGAUUGUGGAAAUGAAGAAGAUGUGGGAGUAGCCUGUUUUAAUUCAACCACCAGAUUAAGAACUAAAGGUGAUACAGUUGAUAACGCUGGAGCGGUGGAACUAUGGAAACAGAAUAGAGGAUGGGUGUUAAUUUGUGAUGGUGACUGGGACGAUCAAGAUGCUGCCGUGGCAUGUCGUGAAUUAGGUUAUGUAGAUGGCAAAGCGGCGACUGGUUCAGCUUUAUUAAGUGAGACGAUAUUCUUUACGCUUUCUUCGAGCUAUCAUAACGUCAACUGUACAGGUGAUGAAGUCAGUUUAGAAGAUUGUAAUAUGGACUAUUAUGGUAGUAGAUGUCCUUUAAACGGUCGAGCCUCGGCUGUUUGUUAUAAUACAACGAAAGACAAGGUUGAUAUGUCAUUCGAUACAAGACUUGUUGAUGGUGCCGACUACUGGGGACGAGUCGAAGUCCGUCACCUAGGGCUGUGGAGUCAGGUCUGCAUAAAGGGAACAUCCCUAGAAUGGUCCGAAAAUGAAGCCACGGUAGUGUGUAGAAUGCACGGCUUUAAGGCUGGAAAAGCGUUUGGUGAAAUUGCAUCAAUGGAUCAACCUUCUUGGUUAUCCAGCGUGAAGUGUAUUGGAAAUGAAAGUAGUUUGUUAGAUUGUGAAUUAGGACAAUGGGGACAUACCGUAUCAAUCUGUACCACUGCGCAUGUCUUAUGUUACAAUACUGAUAUAACCGUAAGUCUAUCAGAUCCCAGUAGUGCUUUUGGUCGAGUUAUCGUUAAUUACGACGGACAACAAGGCUCCAUAUGUAAAGCCGGUCUGACUCAUAAAGAGGCUCAUAUUAUUUGUAAAGAUCUAGGCUAUACAGAUGGCCGCUUGUGGGAACUUCCCCCUGGUGAAGAUAGAGGCAAUGGUUCAGUGUUUCUCAGCUCUCUCAAGUGUAGUUCCUAUGCAGAAUCUUUAUUUGAAUGCGAUAGCAAAGGAUGGAAUGUCACUACCUCAGAUUGCGCAAACCAUUACCAAGAUGUCGGCGUUAACUGUUUCCAAGAUGUGCGUCUGUUCCCUGGUGAUGAGAAAGUAGGAGCUGUAGAGAUUUAUGGGGACGACUGGGAAUCUCUGUGUGGUUCUUCAACAUUUGGCGAUACCGAAGCUUACGUGGUGUGUAAAGAACUAGGAUUUAAAUAUGGUCAGGCUUUGCCCAUGAAAUCGUUUGGUCGGGUUCCCGGUCCACACCGUCGUUCAGGCAUAACCUGCCUGGGUAACGAGACGUCCAUAUUGGACUGUGAUUAUGAUAAGACUACGGCCUCUUGCUUACCAUCGUCAGUGUCGUAUGCUAGUGUCUCCUGUUAUAACCAACCACUUCCUGCAGGUAGUCCUAAAUACCGCUUGUUUGAAUCGUCGGCGGAAGCGUCGUUUGGAAUUGUGGGGAUUAACGACUAUAAUACCAUUGGUUAUGCCUGUGAUGAGUUUUGGGAUGAUGAUGAAGCCAAGGUUCUGUGUAAAGAACUGGGACAUAUGGGCGGUGUAGCAUUUAAAUACUCAACCAGUUACAAUGGUCCAUUCUUCAUCAAUGAAAUCAACUGCACCGGUGAAGAAACAUCAUUGGCUGACUGUCCUAAAGGGGGAGAACUCUGUGAGCAAGUGGCUAGUGGUGGAGUUUUGUGUUACAGGCAGAGAGCCCCAGAAUUACUGCUAAGACAGGAUUCUGUGUCGGAGAUGCACCGAGGUCGAUUAGAGGUUACUAUUGAUAAUGAAGCUGGUACAAUCUGUGGUGAUAAAAAGUGGGAUAAUGAAAAUGCUGCUGUAGCCUGUAGACAAUUACCUGGGGGUUAUCGUGAUGGUGUAGCACUCACGUACCCCAGAAAACAAAAUAGCGCGACUUCGAACUACCUGUCAGGACUACGAUGUUUUGGUAAUGAGGACUCACUGUUCAAAUGUCCCAAUCCCGGAUGGAAAAAUGUUCUUGAAAGUUCUUGUCAAGACGAUACGGCACAUGUUGCUGGGGCCUUCUGUUUUAAAAAUACUCAACUACGUGGCGGUGUCGUGAACACGUCGUCUGCUGUUGGUAAAUUAAUGAUGUAUAAUGUGGACCGGUGGUUGUGGGUGUGUGACGAUGGGGUGGAUCAGGUCACUGCAUCGGUGGCUUGUAAAGAGAUCGGAUUUACCGGAGCAGCUAUACUGAAGGGUGACGAUAAUAUAUAUCGACCGACCUAUAUCAAAAACUUAAAAUGUAAUGGUUCCGAAAGUCAACUAUCAGAUUGCGUCCAUUCCAUUGGUUCGUGUGGCUUCGAUGAAGGUGUUCUUCGACUCCUGUGUUAUUCACUAGGCGAACAGAUGGAUACCAAAUAUCAUAUCGAGAAUGGCGACAAUGGACGCGUCUAUGUUGAAAGACAAGGUAGAAACGGAACCAUCUGUGAAGUUGGUUGGAGUGACACAGAUGCCAAUGUUCUUUGUAAAACAAAAGGAUACGCCGGUGGAGUGGCGUACGGGGCUAAAUCGUCUAGUAAUGCCAAUGAGUUGGUCUGGUUCAAGGAUAUUAACUGUACCGGAAGAGAGACAGAUAUAGGCUCAUGUAAAGUGAAUCUGACUGUGACGACAGAGUGUCGUCGAUCAAAAUUUCCAGCCAGUGUUCUAUGUUACAGCUCCACAGGUGUUGAUGUGAGACUGGCUAAUGGUGGUGAAAACUAUGGUCGUGUUGAGAUCCAAUACGAUGGUGUUUGGGGAACUAUCUGUGAUUAUGCCUGGUCGAGAUAUGAUGCUAGAGCAUUAUGUAAACAGCUAGGCUAUGUAGAAGGUCUGGCCUACGCCCGAUCUCGCUAUGGUAAUGGUGCUGGUCCAGUAUAUAUGGAUGAGAUGCGAUGUCGUGUGGAUGACGUGUCAAUAUUCACCUGCCCUAACCGUGGCUGGAACAACAGUGCUAGAUAUUGUCUAGAUCAUGACAAUGAUGUGGGUGUCUAUUGUUAUCCCAGAGUUCGACUUCCAAAUAAUGCUACGUUCGGUCCAGUUGAAUAUUGGACUGGAUAUUCCUACUCGAAAGUUUGUAGCGAGGGUUUCACUGAUACCAACGCCAAGGUGAUGUGUCGAGAACUAGGUUUUCUUACAGGCAAGGCGUUGUGUUGUUCGGCUUUUGGUGAUAUACAAGUGUUCAUCGGAGUGUCUAAUAUCUCGUGUACUGGAUCAGAAGCUAAAUUAGAAGAUUGCAGUAUGAAAGAAUUCGCACCAGUUUGUAACUCUAACAAAUAUGCAUCGGUGAUUUGUUCCAAUACCAUGGACACAGACACUUAUUCUGUGUCGGUGUCUGAUAAAUAUCAUGGCCGUGUGAUCGUUAAACAUAUGUUACAAGAUGGUUUUAUAUGUGCUGAUGAUUUCACACAACAUGAUGCUGACGUCGUUUGUAAGGAAGCCGGUUAUUACGGGGGAUUUGGCUAUCGAUACAGUAAUAGUCGAAUAUUGUCUGAUAUUCAAGAGUUACGAUGGGUAGGCAACAUGUCCUGUACAGGUCAAGAAACUAGACUUACAGAUUGUCCGAAUUUUAAAUGGGGUAAUCUCAAAAGCUGUGGAAACAACGCUAAUGAUGCUGCUGCUUACUGCUUUAAUGACCCUGCUAUGAGAAAUGUGUCCUUACGAUUACAGAACGGAACACAUAACGAGGGUCGUGUUGAGAUUCAGAUUAACGGAACAUGGGGAAGUAUUUGUGGAUUUAGUGUAGGAGAAAGGGAAGCUAAUGUUAUAUGUCAAGCACUAGACUUUAUGGGCGGUAUUGUUUUGGACAUGGGAAGUUAUGGAGAAUCGAAGGGACCAAUUCACAUUACUGAAAUGGAUUGUGAUGAAAAUACGAAAAGUAUAUUCGGUUGUUCUUUAGCAGGCUUUGGACAAGCAGAUGAUCUAUGCGAUACUCAUAUCUAUGAUGUGGCCGUCAGAUGCUAUGAUAAUAUACGAAUCUCUGGUUCCCUUCACAAUAAACGACAAAAUGGACGUGUUGAAAUAAACAACGGUACCAAGUGGUUGGCAGUGUGUGAUAAUACCUUCGAUGAUACCAGUGCUAAUGUCUUUUGUCGACAGCUGAAAUAUACUGGUGGUUCAAGACAAUGUUGUUCUAGUCUUGGAUCUAUAAGUCCCUUGGUGCCUAUAGGUAUAACUGACGUAAUGUGUGCAGGCCAGGAGACUGAUAUUCAGGACUGUAAAAUAAACUACGGUACCUGCUCUAGUGGACAGUACGUUUCGGUUUUCUGUACGGACGAACCCAGAACUACAGCAUUAGACGUUGUUUUAUCACAAGGUACACCUUAUUCUGGAAUUGUAAACGUAUCCAGAGAAAACGUUUGGGGCGCGGCCUGUGCUGACGGCUGGACUCACGACGAAGCCUCUACUGUUUGUAAACAUAUGAAUUUUUUGAAUGGUUACGCCCUCCCGUCGACAACCUUACCCACCGGAAUACCGUUUGUUAUUGGUCAUGUGAAUUGUACGAGUUCUACGAGUCGAUUAGAUGCCUGUACGUACGAUAAGUUUGAAGUUGAUCAUGGAUGUGGUAGCAGUAGGAAGGCGGCACGAGUUAUCUGUACAGACUCCAGUGUGGGUAUCCUCUAUAGAAUUAAUGGAACGGGUACGCAAGGAAGGGCCGAGAUUUAUUUUAACGGAAGAUGGGGAACCGUAUCGAAAGUUUUAUUCGGUGAUUUGGAUGCUAAAGUAUUUUGUAAAGCUGCUGGCUAUAAAGGUGGUGAAGAAUAUUAUCCCAUAAUAACAUCAGACAGCAGGGAUAAUGUACUAGUGUCAGAGGUUGAUUGCGACGGUACGGAAAAGAAUUUUCUAGAAUGUGGGGCAAACUGGGAUAUAGAUUACAACAAGGCUAUUCCUAAAUCAUAUGCUGCUUAUGUCAACUGCUUUAGAGAGGUGAGGAUUGAGAGAGGUGAUGGUAAAUCUACUGGGAAACUUCAUGCUUAUCAGAAUGAAAGAUGGGGAACCAUUUGUGAAGCAGGUUUUGAUGACAACGAUGCUGCUGUUGCAUGCAAGGUUUUGGGAUUCGAAAGUGGUGUGGCUUUGUGCUGCAGUCCAUACGGGUACAACUUCGAUUCUGCUGUUAUGUCAGAGUUGAACUGUACCGGAAGUGAAACGAGUCUAUCUGAUUGUAGUUUCAAGAAAUAUGAAUCUCUAUCACUGUGUUAUAGACAAGAGUACGCCUCAGUGGCAUGUUUCAAUGGAGUCAAACCGUUAGAUUACAACGUGAGUCUUGUUGGUGGCUCCACCUAUACUGGUGCUGUACAAGUUAUGUAUAAUGGUGUAGCUGGUCGAAUAUGUACAGACGGCUGGGACGACGCAGAUGCUCUCGUUGUUUGCAAGGAGCUGGGAUUCACCAAAGGUCAAUCAUACCGACAUUACAAGUCAUCGUUUGAGUUUUUCAAUUAUGCUGGACCAUACUGGACGUCCAAUAUGAAUUGUACUGGAACUGAGUCUAACAUAGGGCAAUGUGCUCACGAUGGAUUUGGUAGUGUUGAGACCUGUGAAUCGCGGCACUAUGCAGGGGUUUUGUGUUAUGAUAAUAGUGAAUUAUUUUACCGACUGGCUGGUGGUGGAGAUCAGUGGGGUCGAGUUGAGGUAGCUGUUAACGGUGUUUGGGGUACGGUCUGUGAUAGAUAUUGGGAUAAACGUGAAGCAACAGUAUUCUGUCGAGGUUUAGGAUUUGUUGAUGGUGAUGCAGAUUAUAACGACUACAAUAUGAAUGCUACAGGUGAAGUGUGGGAGAGUAAUCUGAGAUGUACUGGUCCAGAAAAGACCUUGAAUGACUGCCCACAUGAAGGAUGGACUGAAGCUUCAACAUUAAGUUGUCAAACACAUACCAGAGAUGCGCAGGUUUUCUGUUACACUUCCGUAAAACUAAGUACGGGUGUAGGUAAAACUGUAAAUAACGGACCAGUUAUGAUAAACGAUGGAGGAAACUGGUACAGGGUAUGUGAUAAAGGUUUCAACGACAAGGCAGCAUCAGUUGUAUGCAGAGAAUUGAAUUACACAGACGGGCGAGCUAUCUGUUGUUCUGCUUAUGGUACUACCAAUGCGCUUUCAACAACGAUAUUGACCAAUAAGACAGUGAGAUGUACAGGAGAGGAGAAGUUUGUUAAAGAUUGUCUGAAAGUAGAGAAAUGUGAUUCAGGUUUCUAUGCUUCAGUGGUCUGUUUCCAAAAUGAAACAGAGGCUACCGCUACAGGAUAUACUAUAACUACUGAAGAUGGCUCAACGGAAGGCAAGCUGACUGUAGAACAUUACGGUGUUGAAGGUAGAAUCUGCGGUAGUAACUGGACCGAUAAGGAAGCCUUGGUUUAUUGUAAAAGUCAUGGACAUUUAAAUGGUAUUGCCUAUCAACACUCGAAUCUAGGCACGUUUGUGUCUGAACGUACAUUAGGACCGUAUUGGAUGAGUAACGUGACUUGUUCCGGAACAGAAGAUGAUUUGUCGAGUUGCCAGUUUUCAGAUAGGAUGGGACUAGGUAACUGUACAGGUGACCACACUGCUUCUGUACUCUGCUACAAUACAUCAGGUAUUGAAUAUCGUAUGACUGAUGGUGACAGUUAUUAUGGACGAGUUGAAAUAAGUGUGGGUGGUGUGUGGGGUACUGUUUGUGAUACGUAUUGGAGCUAUUCAGACGCAGCCGUUUUCUGUCGUCAACAAGGAUUUAAUGAUGGGGUGGCACAAUCAGGCGCCAGAUAUGGUCAAGGAACCGGACCUAUUUGGUUGAGUCACAUCCAGUGUACAGGAAGUGAAAGUGCCAUCCACCAGUGCCCUCAUCGUGGAUUUAAUGACGACUUUUCAUCCAGUAGUCCUAGCUGGCCUUUUAGCUUGCCCUGUACCACCCAUCAAGAUGACGCCUCGGUAUUUUGUUACAAAAAUGUGAGAACCAACACAAGAUUUGGAGCUACUAUGGGAGGUCUAGAAGUCUACCAUAACAAGAAAUGGUCAGGUGUUUGUGAUACAGGUGUGGACAAUACCGUUGCCACUGUAGCCUGUAAGAGCCUUGGACAGAAUUUUACUUAUGGUCGAGUAUUAACAGGGUCUCCGUUUGGUGACCUACGAGCUGAUAAAAUUGGUAUAAAACUAAUAGUAUGUAAAGAGGGGUAUACUGAUAUCUCUAACUGUACUAUUACUGAGGGAGAUUGUACUAGCGGUUAUUAUGCUGGCAUAGCUUGUUCCACAACACCAUUCAACGAUACGGGACUGGGUGUACGUCUGGCAUCAGAUGGAUUAAGUGGAGAUCAUCACGGUAUUGUAGAAAUUAGACGUAACGGAGUAUGGGGCCGUGUUUGUAUGCAAGGUUGGGAUGACGUCGACGCUAAUCUCGCUUGUAAAGAUCUGGGAUUUAAAGGGGGUGUGUCAUAUCUACACAUAGUUAAAAACACCAAAGCUAUAUUAAUCAGAAAUGUGUCGUGUACAGCACAACAGAGCAGUUUUUCAGAGUGUGGCUACGAUACCACUCCUGAUCGUGAAAAAUGUGGAUUUGAUGCCAAUGAUGGCGGUGUCAUAUGUUACCAGAAAUCAGGUGUACAGUAUCGAUUGAAUGGAGAUAGUACGACUUCCGGUCGGGUGGAAAUCGGGUAUGAUGGAACAUGGGGUUCUGUAUGCUCCUGGUCCUGGAAUACAAACAAUGCAAGGGUCUUGUGUCGACGUAUGGGCUAUAAAGAUGGUACACCCAGAUAUGAUAUCCUUCCUAAUUUACCGAAUCUGAGACCAAUGUUAAAUGGUGUAUUCUGUGUUGGUAACGAAUCCUCGUUAUUAACGUGUUUAAAUUCGGGAUUUAAUUCAUCCCUCCUGUCCUAUCUGUGUACCAAAUCAGCUUAUGCCACGUGUUAUACAGAAAAACUUACGUUUACCAAGAUUCGUCUAGCAGGAGGUAGUGAUAAUAGCACAGGACGUGUUGAGAUAUUAGUUGAUAGUGAUGGAAGAUGGGGAACUGUGUGUGAUGAUUAUUGGGAUGACAACGAUGCUACUGUAGUAUGUACCCAGCUGGGCUGGAACUCGGGGGUUGUCUUUAAAGGAAAGGGAUAUGCAGCAACUAGUGGACCUAUCUGGUUGGAUAAUGUCAACUGUAUAGGAAAUGAAACUAAUUUCAACCAAUGCCAACACAGAGGAAUAGGAACACAUAACUGUAACCAUACUGAAGAUGCUGUAGUAAUAUGUUCCAUGGUUACAAAGCCGGCGCCGCCUACAACGGUUCGUCCGUCCACUACAACACUACCAUCAACUACACCACCAUCAACCCCGACACCAACAACCACACCACGACCACAAACCACAACGUCCGUCACUACAACAAAGUCACCACCGACAACACCACCAGUUCAACCUCCGGUCACUUCAACGAAGCCACUAACAUCAACAACUCUACCCACGACAGUUACCCAGGAAGUGACGUCAGUCGUUCCGCCACCCGCCGGUAACCCAGAUCCAGCUGCGGCGUCGUCAUCGUCGUCAUCUACCCUAGCGGUGGCAAUUGCGGUACCUUUGGUUUUGCUCCUUGUAAUAGUGGUGGUAGUGAUCGGCGUGGUCAUGUACAGAUGUAGAUAUCACCCUAAACAUAAUAUUCAACAUGAACGGUUCCAUGAUGACAUCAUAGAACAGACCCAUGAUGGAAGUAUUUCGAUGAGUAACCAAAUGUUUGAUAUGAACCUUAAUGAACCGGUCGAUCCCCUGGGAGAUAGUUCGGCGUAUAUGGCAGAAAACGCAGAGGUCACAAUAGGCGGUAAUGGAUACGCUCAUUUCGCAAAAUCUCCUGCGGAAACAAACGGGGACGCAAAUGGGGGUUUCAGCAACCCUCUGUAUAAUAUAGCCCGUCAAGAGACAAUGUCAGAUCCGGCCAAGUUAGAAAUAGAUGUACACGGUAUUGAUAACAGCCAUUCCACGUCAUAAUGUUUUUAUAUAUCCAGAGUUAUCCCCCCACCCCCAUGUGUACAUAACCCAUUUUAUACGAUACGUGUACAUAAAAGAACAUUGUAAAAUGUCUAGGGAAUCGUAGGCUCAACUACGCACAACAUCUUCUAAUACUUCAACCUAACGUCUUUCAAUGUUGUGAUAUGUUUAUAGGCGUUCCCCUUUAAGGUGAAGAAGUUAUGUAUGUCAGACUUUCCCUUUAACAUAAAGAUAUUCAGAGGACAUGUGUAAAUCUCGCUCUGUGUGCUGGAUUGAAUAACCUAAAGAGUUUGAUAAUACCCUGCAAUGGACGUGUCCAAAUUUCGGGUCUUUCAAUGUACUCGUCAAUCCUGCCGAGGUCAAGAAGACACUGUGGGGAGUAAUAAUCAAGAUUCGUAGAUAGAAUUAUAUUCUAAAAUCCAAACGGUUUAACUUUAUUCUUAUUGAAAUUCAAUCCGAUUAAAACACAGACCCUUUUUCGUUUCAUUUUUAUAAAGUUCAAAAUUUCGUUUUACUUGUCUUUAUGCACACUGAUCCGCAGUGAAUAUUUGCUUGGCCGCGACAAUCACUGAUAAGGAUGACAUUGAUGCGGCUUAAUGAGCUAGAAAUAUUAACUUUUUUCCUGCGACAAAUUAAAUUCUAAAACAUUUUUUGUAUAUAUUGGAAAAAUAAAUAAAGGCGUUUGACGUAUUUGUAGUUAAAAAUUAUUUCCAAUUUAGUGUAAAUGGGUAUUAAAAUGACUAAAAUGCAGCAUUCUCUCCGAAGCAGUUAUGUCUUAUGUAAACAAUGCACGCGCCAUUCAGCCAAUGAUUCACACCGCGUGCUGUGACAGCACGUGUUAAGGCAGUCAUCUAUGACAGAGAUAUUAUACGAGACUAAUUCUCUGUGAAACAGAUUGGUCUUUAUGUAGUGUAGGCCGGAGAAAGUAUUAAAAAACGAAACGAAAUAUAGGUCUGUAUUUUAAUCGGAUAAAUUGAAAACUACUGUUUUUAAUGAAGAGUUUUGUCAAUUUUUAUUUAAAAAGAUUGUAAUUUAAUUUUAAUUUGAUGAGAAUUUAUUGACCAUUUAAAUGGUUUGAUUUAUUUCCACUUUGGUUUAUUAUUAUUUAAGGAAGUGGUGGAUUUAUGAUAAUAUAUGGCUUUAUGCAUACAUUAAAGAUAUAUUAUGGGAGAUUAGAUAAAGAGCUGGCACUUCUCACUAUGAUAGUCAAAAACUAGAUAAUGUAAAGGCAAUUUGCUGAAAAUUUCAGUCAAAUUGAUCCACUCUGAACCGAGAAUUUAUCGAUUGAAUUUUCGGCCUAGCCUCGAUCAUCAUUACUAAAGUCGGUAGGAUAAAAAAUAUAGUCUCGAUUAUCCAUUUCAUAAUUAAAUUAUGAAUGGAAGACGAACAGCAAAUCGGAACCUAAUCCAAUAAACAUCGCAUUCUAGCGAUGUGAAGCCAUCGAGAGUUGAUUAUGGUCUGGAUAAUUUAAUUGUCUAAUUAAUAAUUUAGAAAACAUUUCAGGCCUAAAGAAAGACCUUGCAUAAUGUAUGUUUAACAGUCGUUAUAAUUGCUCAGAGUUAGCUGUAUCUGUGUAAAAUAGCUUUAUUUAACCUCCGCUUCCACUGAAAUAACCUCUCCAACACUCUAGAUCUAACUACGUCUUGAUAUCAAUGCUGCCUUCUCUUUGAAGUUUAUCUUUAGUCUCCUCAUUGAUUUAAAUCAA